AUGAGUCGCCCCGACGUCGAAGACACAGACGAGAGCGCCCCGCCGCAAUGCUCGACACCGCAGACCAUCGACGCUCAUGAACUGGAACGCCUCGGCCGCCAAAGGCCAGACGUCUUCCCCAACACAUUUUACGAGGUCAUGUUCUGCGGCUCGCUGCUCGUCUCGAUGCUGAUGGCCGAAUACUUCAUCUCCGGCUUCAACAUCAUCCUCCCGGAUGUAGCCCACGCCCUUUCGAUCCCCAAAGGCUCUCAAACCUGGCCAUCCUCCGUCUUCUCCCUCGUGACCGGCGCCUUCCUGCUCCCGCUCGGCCGCCUAGCCGACAUCUACGGCGCCUACAUCAUUUUCAACGCCGGCCUGAUCUGGUUCUCCCUGUGGGCGCUCAUCUCCGGGUUCAGCACAAACUACCAGAUGCUCAUCGCCACGCGGGCCCUGGGCGGGUUGGGCGCCGCGGCGUACUUGCCUACGAGUAUUAUGUUACUGGGGAAGACGUACCGGCCCGGGCCGAGGAAGAAUUUGGUCUUUGGGCUGUACAGUGCGUUUGCCCCUGUCGGGUUUUUUCUGGGGAUUAUUACCGGGGGUGCGACGACGCAGUUUUUGAGUUGGAGGUGGUAUUUUUGGAUUGGGUGUGUGGUGACGUUUGGGUUGUGUGUGAGUGCGUUGGUGACGGUGCCGAGGGAUAUGAAGACGACGAGGGAGGAGAGUAAGCAUUUGGAUGUGAGGAUGGAUUGGUGGGGGGUGGUGACAAUCGUGCCGGGACUGAUCUUGACGACGUUUGCGAUUACGGAUGGUGCCCACGCGCCUCAAGGGUGGAGGACGCCGUAUAUUAUCGUUACGUUUGUGCUGGGGGUGUUGUUGUUGGCGGCGGCCGUCUAUGUUGAGGGCUGGGUCGCCGAGCAGCCGCUGCUGCCGUUUGAUCUGUUCAAGCCAAAGUAUAUGGGGCGUUUGACGGUUGCGCUGUUCUUUGCGUACGGGGUGUUUGGCAUUUUUCUGUUUUAUGCCAGUUUUCACAUCAGCGACUACAUGGGGGCUUCCUCCCUCCAAACGGCAGUCUGGUUCGCGCCCAUGGCCGCCGGCGGCGUCAUCCUCUCCACCGUCGGCGGCUUCACGCUGCACCUGCUCCCUGGCAGGAUCUUGCUCAUCAUCUCCGGGCUCGGGAGUACUGCUUGCUGUCUCCUGUUUGCCCUAGCACCGAAAGAUGCCAUAUACUGGGCCUAUAUUUUCCCGGCCAUGGUUGGCGCCACCAUUGGUGUCGACAUCACCUUUGUCGUGAGCAAUAUCUUCAUCACAACCAACAUUGCCCGCCACCGCCAGGGCCUCUCUGGCGCCCUGAUCAACAGCCUGCUGUUCCUCGGCAUUGGCUUCUUCCUCGGUUUGGCAGAUCUCGCUGUAGCGGAAGAGGAGAACAGGGGGUCCAGCGAGGGACACAGAGUCGCCUUUUGGCUUGGGACGGCAAUGGCGGCGAUUACGGCGGUCAUCUUUACUACGAUAAAGAUUGGAAAGGCAGAGAGUGAUCUGACGAUAGAUGAGCGCAUGGCGCGAGCGCAGGUUGAGGAGCAGGAACGGAAGAGCAUGCCGCAGCAGGUUUGA